GAGGAGAAGCUGGAGAUCCAGCAGAAGGAGCUUCUGGGGGUGCAGGAGAAGUGUUCCAGCCUCAUGGAUAAGCUGCCUGCACUUCCUGAUGAGAAGAAGGAACGUGGCAAAGAGCUUCGAGCCAAGCUGGAUAACAUGUCCAAGACGGCUGAAAAGCUUUAUGAGAAAAUGGCGGAGAGCCUGGCCAAGCUCCACACCAAGGAGUUGGAUAUCAAAACCACCGAGUGCAGCAUGUGGACGGGUCUCGAGCGCACCUGCCGGCCACUGCCUCAGGAACUCAUUUUGGAAUGCUUGAGCAACAGAUACCAUGUGAAACUGCUGGGCAUGGGUGAGGAUCCAAGAUGUCCAUCGAAUACGACAGAGACUGAGACGGCCAAGUUCAUGGCCGAUGCCAUCGGCAGUGGACCCGGCGAUGACCCCUUCGAUGAACCACCUGCUCUUGUUGAACAACAAGAAAGUGAUCAGGACAGUUGCAAGCAGCUGGACAUGUUCAAACCUUCGGUCCGUCAUCUACCGCGACUCCGGGAGCUACUGCUCAAAGGCCUCGGCAAUGAUGAUCGUGUGAAGCUUUGCCUGCCACGACCUUUGCUGAGUGCAGGCAAAGCUCUGCUCUCCAUUAGGGAAAGGGUUGCUAGUAUCCUUCGUUUGGGGCCCACUGUCUUUAAGAUCGGCCUUACUGGUGAUCCUAUGUUCCGCUUUUACAAAGUGCCCUCGAAGACAAACUCAUCAGCAGGCUAUCGUUAUGAUACAGACCAGUUUGCAGAAAUGCAAGUACUGUAUGCAGGGGCCACGUGGGAUGAAGCUUCUUUAAUGGAGGCUGUGCUAAUUGCUGAGUUUCAGGGCCGGCCUGGCAAUCGCAAUAUCAAUCCUGGGGGUGAGGGGCGGCAAGUGUAUGACCCGCCAUACUUCACAUACAUUGUGUUCAAGUCGGCCCUGGUUGCACCGAAGCGACAGCGCAUGUAUGCUCAGGGGAAAGAGAGGGCUGGGACAGUGAUGCACUAA